AUGGAUGUCGAGCAAGAUGCGAUUGAGGUCCCCAGCGACACUCCACCCGGGUCCAGCACGCCUUCAGAACCUGUGGAAGAGGUUGAUCCCGACAAAAUUAAGGAGAAGGGCAACGCUGCGUUUAAGGGCAAACGCUUCCAGGAGGCCAUCGAGCAUUACAGCAGAGCUAUCGAUUUGCGGCCUUCCGAGCCAACAUUCUGGACAAACCGUGCAGCGGCGUACAUGGCAUUGAAACGUUUCAAGCCUGCCCUCGCCGACUGUCAACAAGCAACCACCCUCCAGACCGAUGCGCCCUCGCCCAAGACCCUUGUCCGUCUCGCGCGCUGCCAGCUGUCCACAGGAUCGACGGCACCCGCGCUCUCGACCCUGCGCACAGUUCUCGCAAUCGAACCCAACAACUCCGCCGCUCUCCAGCUCCAAACACGGGUACUAGAGCUCGAGGCCCAUCUACGAAACUUCGAGGGUGCAAGCGAGCGGAAAGACUGGGGCAUGUCGCGGCUCGCACUUGACAAGUGCAUCCAAGUUAUCGACGGCGAGGGUGGGGAUGUACCGUUACAAUGGCGGCUAUGGAGGGUGGAGCUUGAGAUCGCGAAGAAGAACUGGGACGCGGCGGGCACGGCUGCAAAUGACGCGUUGCGGAUAGAGCCAAACUCCCCCGACGCGAUGACCGCGACGCAACACGCCGCGAUGAAGCUGCGCAAGCGGAUCAAGGACGUUGAACGGCUCAAGGACGAGGGCAACGUCGCGUUCAAGACGGGCCGCCUGGACGACGCCGUCGCGCGGUAUGGGGACGCACUCGAGCGGAUCGGCUCGGAUUCGCGUGAAGGCGACGGUGGACCGCUACGCGCGCUGCUGCUCUCCAACCGUGCCACGACACUCGUCAAGCUCGGCCGGCACCAGGACGCGCUCGCGGACACUGAGGCGUCGCUGGUAUUGAACGCAACGAACUUCAAGGCGCUCCGGACCCGCGCCCGGAUCCACCUCCACCUGGAGGAGUACGACAAUGCCAUUGCGGACUUCAAAAGCGCGAUCGAGCAGGCGGGAAUGGAGGGCAGCGAUGCGGACGUGAAGGCGCUUCGCGGCGAGCUGAAGAAGGCGGAGAUCCUCGGUGUCGAGCGCACUUGCACGGAAGUGGAGCUUCGCAAGGCUUACAGGCGAGAGAGUCUGAAGCACCAUCCAGAUAAGGGUGGCGACGAAGAGAAGUUCAAGCUCGUGGCGGAAGCACACUCCAUCCUCUCCGACCCGCAGAAGCGGCAGAGAUAUGACCUGGGCGAGGAUGACGAGGAGGGUCCUGGCGGCAUGGGUCCUGACGUCGACCUUUCCGAGCUCUUCGCGCAGUUCCACGGUGCUGGUUUCAGUGGGGGGCGCGGGGGCUUCUCCCAGUUCGGUGGUGCUGGGUUCGGUGGGGCCGGGUUCGGCGGCGGCGGGUUCGGAGGUGGUGGUGCUCACUUCCGCCAAGGAGGCUUCCCCUUCUAG